AUGUUCUCAGCCACCGUUCGUCGGGUCAACGCCCUCAAACAGCGCGUCCCGUUCUUAAACCAGUUACAUCUCAACUUCAUAUUCCUCCACUACACAUAUAUUAUAUCAUGGGGAAUCAUCGGCUCCAUCAUCAUCUACCCCGCAGGAAACAUCGACUAUACCGAUGCACUCUUCAUGGGGGUCGGCUCCGCCACCCAAAGUGGCCUGAACACCGUGAACCUAAACGAGCUAUACACCUAUCAGCAGAUCGUCCUAUACUUCAUUACAUGUCUAUGUACGCCGAUUUUCAUCCACAGCGCUCUCGUGUUUAUCCGACUGUAUUGGUUCGAGAAAAGAUUCCAGCACGUGGUUCGGGAUGCGCGCGCACUGCGCACUACCCGUUCCCGCAUGGACACAGUGACAGAGGAUAAACCAAGUGAAGAUCUCAAUCGUGCCGAAUUAGGCGUCGGUGGUCGAUCCAUCGUGGUACUCAGGAAUAAUUCCGGUGACGCACGCGAAAGUCGGCUACCAGACCCCACCGCCAAGCAAGGGGACGGAUCAUCAGACUCAGAUUCCCCUCGUGGAAAACUUGACGACGUCACACCACAGGAGAGCAUUCCGGAAGAGACAGAGAAUGACAUUGGUCACCGGUUCGGCCUGAGCAAUUUACGGGUCCCUACACAGCUUAGCCCGGAGCAUCAUAUUGCGUUUGUUGAGAAUCAACGAAAAAAUAAGGGAGCCUUGCGUAUUCCCAGUCCGCGCGAGUACGAUUCUGGCGGUGUUCCAGAGGCGUUGGAAGAUGGAGAUGGAGGUCGAGAAGAUGGAGAGGUUGAGCAGGCUAAUGAGCCGGUUAGCCCUAAAACUCAGACGCAUAGUUCUGCCAAUUCGGAGGCCGAUCAAGUUGGACCGUUGGAAGGACCUCAUAUCACUAUUAACGAGCCUGAUUUUAAUCGCACUCGUACUCGUGGUAAUACCUUUACGCGAUUGGACCAACGACCAACUAUGCGUGAUACAAUGACAAAAGAUGCCAAUGAUGCAGACGAUGCAGGACUGGGUCCAUCAACAACAAGAACUACAGUUCGGGGAAUUUGGCGAUCCAUCACUCACGAACGAGAACGACCAACCCAACCCUAUCUCAGUUGGAAUGCGACUGUUGCCCGAAACUCGAACUUCGUUGACCUAACAGAGGAGCAACGUGACGAGCUAGGUGGUAUUGAAUACCGUGCUCUGAAAACCCUCGCUGUCGUAUUAAUCGGUUACUACGUUGGAUUUCACAUCUUCGGCAUGAUCAGUAUGAUCGGAUGGAUCAUGACAGAGCCUAAAUGGGGCAACAUCGUCAAAGCAGAUGGCGUCGGACGACCCUGGUGGGGAAUCUUCACAUCUGCCUCUGCAUUCAACGAUCUUGGAUUCUCUCUUACGCCCGAUUCCAUGUACUCAUUCCAAACCGCAAUCUUCCCCUUACUCCUCUUAGCCUUCCUGAUCAUUAUCGGAAAUACCGGAUUUCCCUGCAUGCUCCGAUUAAUGAUUUGGAUACUAUCAAAAUUCACCCGACAAGGAACUGCUCUCUGGGAAGAACUCAAGUUCCUACUCGACCAUCCUCGCCGCUGUUUCACGCUCCUCUUCCCCCGAAACGCAUCAUGGUGGCUAUUCGCCAUUCUAAUCGCCCUAAACGGAAUCGAUGUAAUCUUCUUCAUCAUCCUUGACUUAAACGACUCAGCCGUCACAAAAUUAUCCCCGGGAAUCCGCGUCCUAGACGGCUUCUUCCAAGCAGCCGCAACCCGAACCGCCGGCUUCGGAAUAAUAAGCCUAUCAGACCUCCAUCCCGCAAUCCAAGUCUCCUACCUAAUAAUGAUGUACAUCUCCGUCUUUCCCAUCGCAAUCUCCAUGCGUCGCACAAACGUCUACGAAGAAAAAUCUCUCGGAAUCUACGGCUACGGCGAAGAAGACCACGACGACGAAAACCAAACAGCACCAAGCUACAUCGGGGCCCAUUUACGACGUCAACUUUCUUUUGAUCUCUGGUACGUCUUUUUAGGACUCUUCGCUAUCUCAAUCGCAGAAGGAACCCGUCUCCAAUCAACAGACGAUUACAGUUUCCAACUCUUCACCGUGUUAUUUGAGGUUGUUUCUGCAUACGGUACUGUGGGUUUAUCCUUUGGGUAUCCUACAGCUGAUACUUCGUUUUCGGGACAAUUCAAUGUUGUUUCGAAGCUUGUUAUUAUUGCGAUGCAGAUUCGCGGUAGACAUCGUGGGUUACCGUAUGCGCUUGAUCGAGCUGUGUUGCUUCCCUCGGACGCUUUGAAUAGGCAUGAAGCAGAGGAUUCGGAGCGGAGGAUGCGUCGUCGUACUUCUAAUCUUAGUGGUGUGGAGUCGCUGGGGAGACAGUCUAGAACGUUCUCGCAGUCUCGUACGGAUGCGGGGCUGGCGUCUGGAAUGGAGUCUCGCGAUUGGCAGAAUAAUGGGGAUGCUGUCAUGCAGCGUUCUGGAACUAUGCGGUCGAAUCGAUAG